CACCGCUUACCCGGAAGUAAUAGUGUCGACCCAAAUUGACUUACAUCCUGAAUAUUUGACAACAUUCGCAACAUUCUCUUAGCGGAAGAUAACAAUCAUGUAAUAUUACGAUAUUCGAGACGUAAUCGUGUUUUGCGUGGCUAAAGAGAUAAUGGAGUGCAAAUGAACGGGAAAAUUGAGGGUAUAAAAUAUUUUUUUUAAUCGAUGGGCAUUUUGUCCUCUCUUGAGCCGCACGUAGCGUUGCCGUUUUCCGCUCCGUCGCUGCUGCAAUCGGGCAUGGAGAUUUAACGUGUUUGUAUUACAAAUACGUCUGCUACUAAAUAGCGUGUCGCGCAGCCCUCGGAAGAAGGGAAAUUUAACCUUUGGGCCUUGUGCUGUAGCUGUAAAAGGUGACAAAAAUGAGCUUCUUCAGUUUCGGACAAAAUGCGGAGAUCGACGUGGUGCUCAACGACGCCGAGACAAGAAAAAAAGCAGAGCACAAGACUGAGGAUGGCAAAAAAGACAAGUAUUUCCUCUUCUACGACGGAGAGACCGUCAGUGGCAGGGUCAACGUCACACUCAAGAGCCCCGGAAAGAGACUGGAACACCAGGGCAUCAAGAUUGAAUUUGUCGGACAAAUCGAGCUGUAUUACGACCGAGGGAACCACCAUGAGUUUGUUUCCCUGGUUAAAGACCUGGCAAGGCCUGGUGAGAUGACCCAAUCUCAAACAUUCGACUUCGAGUUUACUCACGUGGAGAAGCCCUAUGAGUCAUACACGGGCCAGAAUGUCAAACUAAGAUACUUCCUUCGUGCAACAGUAAUCCGAAGACUUAACGACAUCAGCAAAGAGUUGGACAUUGUGGUUCACACGCUCAGCACGUAUCCAGAACUCAACUCUUCCAUUAAAAUGGAAGUUGGCAUCGAGGACUGUCUCCACAUUGAGUUUGAAUACAACAAAUCCAAAUACCACCUUAAAGAUGUAAUUGUUGGAAAAAUUUACUUCCUUCUGGUGAGGAUUAAGAUCAAGCAUAUGGAGAUUGACAUUAUUAAGCGGGAAACCACUGGUACGGGCCCAAGCGUGUACCAUGAAAAUGACACCAUCGCCAAGUAUGAAAUUAUGGAUGGAGCACCGGUCAGGGGUGAGUCCAUCCCUAUCCGGUUGUUUCUCGCUGGCUACGACCUGACCCCCACCAUGCGAGACAUCAACAAGAAGUUCUCAGUGCGCUACUAUUUGAACCUGGUGCUCAUUGAUGAGGAGGAGAGACGUUACUUCAAACAGCAGGAGAUCACACUGUGGCGUAAAGGCGAUGUGGUAAGAAAGAGCAUGUCCCACCAGGCCGCCAUCGCCUCCCAACGCUACGAGGGCUCGGCUGCCUCAGAGAGCGCGUUGGAGCAGUGUGCCAAAGAGGAAAGCGGGUCUGAGCCACACCUUAGACUGGAUCGUGGGUCUCCGUGAGGCAACAAGCAUCAGGGGGAGGAGGAUUAAGGGAGACUGGACUGAGUUUAUCUUCCCUCGCUUUGUUUUAUUUGGAUUUUGUUUCUCAGUGAGAAUCAAACUAAAGAACCUCACACAUUAUAAUUCCACAGAUUUUCACGCUAACGCCAUUCUGUGUGUACUCCUAAUGCUAUUACAGCUAAAUGAUUUAAAACUUUGAAUAAGCGACAUUCCAAUUAUGAAGAACUCAGAAAUGUGAAAUCCACUUGUUUUAUUCUGCACAUGUGGAUGUGUAAAUAAGAGAGAUUCAAGUCAGCAUUCCGGCGGCAUGAUUAGGUCGCCACGUCCAAGUGUUUCAUUUGUUAAGACACGCGUGUCCUCCUGCCUCCAAACAUGAUUUUAGUCUUUUUAAAGCAGUUACGUUAGAAAUAUUUAGAUCUUUUUGCAAAGCGCUUAUGACUAACUCAUUGUCCUCCAAUUGUCAAAUAAAUUAAUGCAAAAUACGAAAAA